AUGGCUGACACCACCAAAUCCAAGAAACGCCGCCGUGCCGAUCCUGAAUCAACCACCGAACUUCCUUUCAAAAACAGUCUAAAACCCGACUCCGUGAUCCUCGAAACUCUAAACUCACUCUUACAAUCAACAUCCUCCUCCUCCUCCUCAAAACCCUUAACCCUCUCCGACCUCUCUCUCUCCGCCACUUGCCGAGAGGUUACUGACCUCUCUCUCUCCUCCGUCCAAUCCGUCAUUGAAACCGUCGUCCUAUCUCUCACUCAAUCCAUCCUCUCCGGCGAAGGCUUUUCCUUCAACGUCCCAUCACGCGCUGCCACUAACCAACUCUACGUCCCUGAACUAGACCGUAUCGUCUUAAAAGACAAAAAUACCCUCCGCCCAUUUGCUCACAUAUCCUCCGUACGCAAAUCUACAAUCACCGCUAAAAUUCUGUCCCUAGUUCACCAGCUCUGCCUGAAAAACAUCCACGUCACCAAGCGAGACCUUUUUUACACUGAUGUUAAGUUAUUUCAAGACCAGACCCAGUCCGAUGCCGUCUUGGAUGAUGUGUCGUGUAUGUUGGGUUGUACCAGAUCUUCACUUAAUGUGGUUGCAGCUGAGAAAGGAGUUGUUGUUGGGAGAUUGAUUUUUAGUGACAAUGGUGAUAUGAUUGAUUGCACUAAAAUGGGUAUGGGAGGGAAAGCUAUUCCUCCUAAUAUUGACAGAGUUGAUGAUAUGCAAAGUGAUGCAUUGUUUAUACUUCUAGUUGAAAAAGAUGCUGCUUAUAUGAGACUUGCUGAGGAUAGGUUCUAUAAUAGGUUCCCUUGUAUUAUUGUUACUGCUAAAGGCCAGCCUGAUGUGGCCACAAGGUUGUUUUUGAGGAAAAUGAAGAUGGAAUUGAAGUUGCCUGUUCUAGCUUUGGUUGAUAGUGAUCCUUAUGGAUUGAAGAUUUUGUCGGUCUAUGGUUGUGGGUCGAAGAAUAUGUCGUAUGAUAGUGCUAAUUUGACUACUCCUGAUAUCAAGUGGCUUGGGAUUAGGCCGAGUGAUCUCGAUAAGUAUAAGAUUCCGGAGCAAUGUAGAUUGCCUAUGACCGAGCAGGAUAUUAAGACAGGCAAGGAUUUGCUGGAGGAGGAUUUUGUGAAGAAGAAUCCUGGAUGGGUUGAAGAGUUGACUUUGAUGGUGAAGACUAAGCAGAAGGCUGAGAUUCAGGCUUUGAGUUCGUUUGGGUUUCAGUAUUUGUCUGAGGUUUAUUUGCCCUUGAAGUUGCAGCAGCAGGAUUGGCUUUGAGAGGAUUUCUUGUUUGAAACUGUUAUGAGAAUCUAGGCAUUGUUUAGUGAUGUUUAAAGUUUCCUGUACUAUUUACUUCAUGAAUGAAUGAUAACUUCGAUGCUUGAUGUCCA